AUGGAGUGCUCUGUACAGAUGCCAACUAGCCAUUUUAAUACUGAUUUCUGUCUGUUAAUGUCAAGUCAUGUUCUUCUGAAAGAAGCACUAGCGAAAGGCUCAAAUUUUGUGAUCUCUCCUCUUUCAUUUCAUGUUUUGCUGAGCUUGAUUGCAGUAGGCUCAAGAGGACGUACAUUACAGCAGUUGCUUUCCUUUCUGGGAUCCAAAAAUAUUCAGGAUCUCACCUCUCUGUCUUCUCAACUGAUUUCCCUUGCUUUGCCAGCCAAUCAUGAGAACAACCACAACUUAGGAGGUCCGACUUUGUCCUUCAUUAAUGGUGUUUGGGUAGCUGAAGGCUACAUAAUUAAACCUUCUUUUGAAGAAAUUGUGAGAGGUGUUUACAAUGCCACAGCCAAAGAGGUUGACUUUGAGAAUAAGGCUGAUGAAGUGAUCAAUAAAAUAAAUACUUGGGCCGAGAAUUCAACCAAUGGACUCAUCAAAAACCUGAUCCCACAAGGGGCUGUGCCUAGAGACACGGUUUUGGUUCUUGCGAAUGCACUCUACUUCAAAGGUACAUGGGCUAAAAAAUUCGAUGUCUUAAGAACUCAACACAGAGAUUUCCAUCUUCUAAGUGGCCAAACUGUUACAGUUCCCUUCAUGACUAGUCAAAAACCUGCAUUACAUCUUUACGGAUCCUUUGAUGGUUAUAAAAUCCUGAAACUCCCCUACAGAAAUGGUCAAGACACCAGGCAAUUUUCCAUGUACUUCUUUCUCCCAGAAGCAAGACAUGGUCUUCAGAAUCUAGUAAACAGAUCCAGGUCAAAUCCUAAAUUCUUCAAUACGCAGUUCAAUUUACAGUAUGAGGAGCUUCCGGAUAUGUGGGUUCCAAGGUUCAAGUUCUCAUUUGAAUUUGAAGCUUCAAAAACAAUGAUGGAUCUGGGACUUGAACUACCUUUCCAGUCCAUAAAUAAGGAGAUAACAGAGAUGGUGGACCGACCACUUUUCGUCGAAAAGAUGUUUCACAAGUCUUAUAUUGAAGUUAAUGAAGAAGGAACUGAAGCUGCAGCUUGCACUGCUGCUAUAAUAAUCCCGCAAUGUUUAAGGUACCCAAUACCAAGCUUUGUAGCAGACCAUCCUUUCAUGUUCAUGAUCAGAGAAGAGACAUCUAAUGCUGUGUUCUUCGUUGGGGCUAUACUCAAUCCAUUUUUGGAAUCUUGAACUUGAGAAAUGAUUAGAAUAUAUUAUACAGAAAUAAUUUUCUAUAUUAUAUAAUGCUUUGUAAUGUUUAAGUUUAAAGUCAAUUGGGUCGUAAAAAUUAAAGACCUCUUUGUUUGGUAUAUAAUA